AGUCGUCUCCAGCUGGUAUCUGCAGAGCAUUAGAUACUCAGGAGUUAUCUAGUUCAAACAAGUUAUUAUCGUUGUCACAUUCCAGUAUUGAGCCGCAGCGAUGGAAGCAUUGAAUUUAGCAGAGAGCGACGACAGGGGUGGAGGGGAAGUGAAGGCUGAAUGUGUGACUGGAAGCACAGAUUACACAGGGGUGAAGCCGAAGGCGAGACUCAGCAGAAGCUGCGACAUAGAAGAGAGGAAGACUUUAUUUGAGAUGACCCAGGAGGAAAAAGACAGACUAUCCAACAUGAAGGAGGAAGUGGAGGAAUGUGAGGAGAGGCAGAGUGUGAAAAUGGAGAGAGAAGAUGGUGUGAUAGAUGACAAGGGACUCAGGAGAGAGCAAGAAAAACCAAGGGAUGAACAGAAGGGGAAGGGUGGAGCUUAUCUAACCUGUCAGACUCACAAAUUUGAGAUUGGAGUGAAAUCAGAAUACGAUCAACAGGACAUGGAGGAGGUGUCCAAUCUGGUCACUGCCUGCCUGCGGAAUCAGCCAAGAGUGGUGAUUUGCCGACUAAAAAUCACAGAUAUUUCAGCUCCCGAGUCACGACCUCUUUGUCCCGUGGCCAGUAAGGACCACAGAGUGAGAUCUCCACGGAGAUGGUGUGAGGUCUCCGCACUGGAGAGGAAGUGUUCACCGAGGCAGAAGGGCCAGGUGAUGACCUGUAAGAGAAAGAUAAUUGGCCAGCUGGCGAGACCUCAAAAACACCAGUCGGCUUCAUCAGAGAACGGGCUCUGUCUUGAAGCUUCCCAUAACCCUUCUGUCAUCGCCACAAGGAACCAAAACACAGGACAAACUGUUGAGGCAUCGCCUGAGGUCUUUUCCUGCUCCCAGUGCCCAUUUGUUCACACAGAGGAAGUGAAUCUUCACCAGCACUUGGAAAAGGUUCACGCAAAGGAGCUGAGAGAGACUCUGGUGUCUGGAAGGAGUGAAGCUGAGGACCCAUCCAACAGCAGAACAACUCAGCGCUCCAAAGCCCCCGAGACACUCCCCGUCCCAACACAGUCCCACACAGGCGCUACAGGGGCCCACAGAUGGUCGCAGCGUGGGAAGAGCUUCAAAGUCAAAUCACCACUGUCUGGACACCAGCGGACUCGUUCAAGGAAACGACCGUACCAGUGCUCCCAGUCCACUGUUACCUUCAUGGAAGAGUGUAAGCUUGCCUCUCUGUCCCACCCCCCCAUUAGAACGAUGGCGGAUUCCACCAAGUUGACUCACUCCAACAGCCAAUCACAAUCCUUGCCUGACUCUAUGAAGGGUUUAAGCUCCGCCUCUUCAGUCGGAGACGUGAAGGUUGAAUCUGUGAUUGGAGGCACGGAUUACGCAGCGGCGGAGACAAACGCAAGAUCGAACGGAAGUGAGGACUUGGAAGAGAGGACGGAGUGGAAGACCGUGUAUGAGAUGACGGAGGAAGAGAAGGACACGCUAUGUAACAUGAAGGAGGAAGACGAGGAGGAGGAUAAAGAAGAAGAAGAGGCGGAGGAACGUGAGGAGAAGCACAGCGUGAAAAUGGAGAGGGAAGACGGUGUGACAGACACUGAGGGACUCGGGGGUGAGCGGGAAAAACUGAGGGAUGAAGAGAAGGGGAACAAACCUCCUGAGGCACUCCCCGCCCCAUUGCAGUCCCACACGGGCACCCUAGGGGCCCACAAAUGCUCGGAGUGUGAGAAGACCUUCAAAUCCAAGUCACGGCUGACGGUGCACCGGCGCACCCAUACAGGGGAACGUCCGUACCAGUGCUCCCAGUGCGGAGCGAGUUUCGGCACCUCGGGCAAUCUGAUGUCGCACCAGCGGUCUCAUACGGGCGAACGCCCGUACCAGUGCUCCCAUUGCGGGAAGAGCUUCAUCCACUCGUCGCACCUGGUAACGCACCAGCGGACCCACACCGGGGAGCGUCCCUACCACUGCGCCUGGUGCGGGCGGAACUUCCGCUACCUCACCUGCCUGAAGGAGCACAAGCUGUCCCACACGGGGGAGUCCCCGCACCGCUGCUCCGAGUGCGGCAAGACCUUCCGCCGCCUGUCCCGCCUGGUCACGCACCAGCGCAUGCACACGGGCGAGCGUCCGUACCGGUGCUCCCAGUGCGGCAAGGGCUUCAUCAGCUCCACGUCCCUGAUCACGCACCAGCAGAUCCACUCCGGGGAGCGCCCGUACCACUGCUCGCAGUGCGAGAAGACUUUCAUUCGCCCCGCGCACCUGGCCAUUCACCAGCGCGUCCACACCGGAGAGCGUCCGUACCACUGCUCCUGGUGCGAGAAGAGCUUCGCCCACUUGACCUGCCUGGAGGUGCACCAGCGGAGUCACACGGGGGAGCGGCCGUUCCACUGCUCCCAGUGCGGGAAGGACUACAAGUCGAAAUCGGGAUUGAUAGUCCACCAGCGAACUCAUACUGGGAAACGCCCGUACCUCUGCACCCAGUGCGGGAAGAAAUUCGUCCACCCAUCACACCUGAUCACACACCAGCGAAUUCAUACUGGGGAACAGCCAUACCACUGCUCUCAGUGUGGGAAGAGUUUCAACACCUCAGGUAACCUGAUUGUACACCAACGAUCUCAUAGCGGAGAACGCCCAUACCAGUGCUCCCAUUGUGGGAAGAGCUUCACACGCUCAUCACAGAUGAUCUCACACCAGCGAAUCCAUACAGGGGAGCGUCCAUACCACUGCACCCAGUGUGGGAAGAACUUUGGGUACUUAAGUUAUCUGAAGGUGCACCGACGAACUCACACAGGGGAAGCCCCGUACCAGUGUUCCCAGUGUGGAAAGAGCUUCAAAACAACAUCUGGAUUGAGAGUCCAUCAGCGAAUCCAUACAGGGGAACGCCCAUUCCACUGCUCCCAGUGUGGGAAGAAUUUCAUGCGCUCAUCACAACUGAUCUCACACCAGCGAAUCCAUACAGACGAAUAUCCGUACCACUGCUCCCAGUGUGGGAAGAACUUUAGGUACUUAAAUGGUCUGAAGGUGCACCAGCAAAAUCACACGGGUGAAUCCCUGUACCAGUGCCCCCAGUGUGGAAAGAAGUUCAAAGCGAAAUCAGAAUUGACAGUCCAUCACCGAAUCCAUACGGGGGAACGGCCAUACCACUGCUCCCAGUGUGGGAAGAGCUUUAAAUCAAAGUCAGAAUUGACAGUCCACCAGCGAACUCAUUCAGGGGAACGGCCAUUCCACUGCUCUCAGUGCGGGAAGAAUUUUGUCCGCUCCGCACACCUGAUCACACAUCAGAGAAUCCAUACAGGGGAGCGUCCGUACCACUGCUCCCAGUGUGGGAAGAACUUUGGACACUUAAAUAGCCUGGAGGUGCACCAGCGAAGUCAUACAGGGGAGCGGCCAUACCACUGCUCCCAGUGUGGGAAGAACUUUAAAGCAAAAUCUGUAUUGACAAUACACCAGCGAACUCAUACAGGGGAACGCCCGUACCACUGCACCCAGUGUGGGAAGAACUUCACACAGUUAAAUGGUCUGCAGAAACAUCAGAAGGUUCAUACGAAGUAGCAUCCAUACCAGGGACCGCUGUGUUUGAGUAUUAGUCGGCUAUGUGUUUUGAUUCUGUGUUAGCGUGACCAUACAGGUUCAUUUUCUGAGACUAUGGAUGCAGGACAGCAAUGCUUUUGGCAUCGUGUUGGUCUCGGUGUGGGAACACCUCUCUUCUGCAACAGGGCGACUUGCACUUCCUGCCAGUCGUGAAUGGUUCUCGGUCGACUCAACCAAAGAGCUUCUCCCACCCCAGCUUCCCAGUGGUGGAACGACAGUUGUUCCUCUAUGAGCCGCGCAGACUGCUCAGUGGUUUUGAAGAUGCAUCUUUUCGUGUGAAGUCUGUUCCGUGACUAACUGUAAAUCCACUCCUCUCCAGGGUUACUCACAAUCUUGUACCACUGUCAAGUAACUCCUUUAUCUUCAUCGUGGCGUGGUAUCUUUUUAACAUACAGUAUCGCUUGCAAUCGUGCCUCACUCCCUAGUUAUGACACGCUAUAACUUUACUGAACGCCUAUGCUUUCUGUGUGUACUGCACCUUGACGUUCAUGGAUAUGGAUAACUGAUACUCUAUGAUAAUUGUACCAUAUACGACCUGCAUUCUUUAGUUCCAGUGACCUUCAAUAUGCAUGUGUUGUACAUCAUUUAGAAUAACAGCCAACUAAAUAUGUAACGGAACAUAUACAGCCUUUUUGGCCUUUAUCAGGGAACACGCAUCAUUAGUGACCAGCCAGCUUUGAAUUGACUUCUGAGUGGGAGCAGAAAUUCUUCCCGGUCAGAUCGCCUAUUAUGGAAUAUUUUCCCUAUUAAUCCUAUGUAUCAGUAUUAAACAAUGAUGUGACUGAUGGGAUGAGACCACGCCCAGAAGGAAGGAGGAGCCGAGGCCAUCACAAGCGUGUAUGAAGGGAGUGUGCAGGGUGGAUCGUUGGGUUGUUCCACGGACACCACUGCGUUUGUCACUGCAUUAUAUCUCAUUGGAAUAAAAGCCUAUUAUUCAAUA